AUGCUGGGGGUGGGGUGUGCCGGUGGUCUGGUCAACGAGGGGAAUGUGCCGGUCUUGAACGCUUCUCAGCUUCAAGUUAGAGGGGAGGUGGAAUACCUACCGUCGUUGACUUGUCUUUUACGUGUCAGCGGAGUUAGCGGGGGCUCACGUGCGGAAAGGUGGGCGAGGGGAUACCGAGGAGAAGCAUUGGCAUUAGCAGUACAGAAGAUGGAUGUGCCUUCUGCUGCUCUAAAGUCUCUACACGCGCUCGACCAACGGGGACGGGGAGGGCCGGAAAUGCUCUACUCGAAAGCCACAGGAGGGGAACCUGUGGAAGUUGAAAGUUGUUCAAUGCUCUACUCGAAAGCCACAGGAGGGGAACCUGUGGAAGUUGAAAGUUGUUCGGGUUCGUUGAAAAUGGGGGCAGGUGUGCUUGCCUGUAAGGAAGCCUGUGGAACUUCAACGAUCGCAGACUCGCCCCCAGUGACAUCACCAGUUGUUCGUGUUGGCGGGACUCUGUCUGCAUCUGACGGAGGCGCACAAGGUUCUGAAGGAAAACAGAUUCCUCGGCAGAUUCCUGCGGGGGAAACAUCGGAAGAUGACUUAGAAUCACAACAACAACAUCAGCAGCAACAUCAACAACAGCAAACGCAGGACCAACAGCAGCAGCAACAACAGCAGGGACGACAAGUGCCUCCACCUGCACGUGCUGCAUUGGUAAACGAUGCACAGGGUGAAGAACUUCUUGAUGCAUUGGCAACAGCUGUGGCGACGAUGGCGGUUGAAUCACCGAAUAAAUCCGGAAAGCCUUCAGAGUACCAGGAGAAAUCUCUGCUGAGAAGGAGUGGCCAAGUGGCUUCUAAAGCAUGGGAAAGUGCAAGAACGCAUGCAUCUGCAGCGGUUUCAGUCACCGCAUCCAGCGUUGCAUCGACGGACUUUUCCACUUUCAGGGAAGCUACAGCAAAGCCGCUGUUGGCAGCAGCAAGCUACAUAGGCUUGGGACCCUUCUUCGGCUCUUCUGUUGCAAGCCCACCAGGAGACGCACCCUUCGACCAAGCUGAGCCAGGCGCUGGCAGCCAAUGUGCAUGUGAGGCUGAAGAUAGUAAUAUCAAAUGGAGUAAAUGUGGCUGUGCAUACGCUCCAGUAAUGGACAGCGAGGGGCCCUCCAGCUCGAAAUGGUUGAAGGGGAGGCUCCGUCUUCCAGCAGUGACAGACUGGCUUUGCUCCCCCAGCGGCGGAUGCGACGGGCAGCUGAGCUGCAGCUUGGCUCUUGCGGAUGAAGAGACAGAAUUGGAAGGCAGUGAAGCAGAAGCUGCUGCCAAACAAUACAUGGCAACAGUUAGUGGGGUGUCUACUGCAUCGGCAGGUGAUGCUCGGAGAGGUAACUUGACGACUCCUCCCCAGCACGCGCCCUCCAGCGAUUUGGGCGGCGGGUCCUGUUGUAUGCCAUCAACUCCAAAGACAUCGGGAAUUCUUAUGGAAUGUCGGCUUCUGGAUGCACGCAACCGAGCGAUAGCUGCUGCAGAGGAUGAGGGUAAAGGCGGGUGUUGUACGGUGAUGUCAGCUGAAGCGCACAAUGGGGUUGGGCCGGUGCUGGCUAGUUUUGAGAAGACUGCAGAUACUGCCAUUGCCUGUGAACACUGCCUACUGCCGGCGCUGGGUGGACAGGGAGGAGCCAUGAAUGAGGAGGACUCGAAGGCCAGGGCACCAGCAGCAGCGGACACAUUGCAGCAAGACCAACCGCAGAAGCAAAAGCUGUGGGCAUCGUUGAGUUCCACAUUGGGAAUGUCUUCCAGCCGCCCGGUUGGUGUUGUUCAACACGCGGCUACUACAGUUUCUUCUGUCGCUGGAGCGGCUAGUAGGGCAAUAGAUGGCUUGGUUGUUCCUCUGUUUGGUAGUUGCAUGCAGCCUUCGACACGCGAACGUGUGGGCGAUGAAUUGACAAAAUUAAACGGGGAAGCCUUCUCCGGAGAAGGAGAAAGGAAAUGCGAUGAGCCAGAUAGCCUGAAGAAGGAUCACGGGGAAGAAUGUGAAUGUGAACAAACACGGCAAGAUCACUUGACUAGUGAAACGUCUCAAACGAGUUCGCGUGGGCUGCUAACAGAGCUGCAGAGGAGACAGCAGGCCCUUGCUGAGGCAGUGCGCAGUCGCAGCACAAACUUUUUACAGCACUCUGUGGCUUUAACAGCUUCUUCAACUUUCUCUGAGGCGCGGUAUCACUUAGCAGAGAUCGUUGACACUGGCGGUCCCGAGGUUAGCGGCGUGUGGGCUGGUGUAAAAGUUGGUCUAGGCAUAGCCACGUUGGCCUCCGGACAUUUGAUUUUGGGAGGUGCGAUGGUUGCUGUCGCAACAAGCUCGUUGGGGAGUGCUCUCUUGUGGGGCCGGCAUCGCCAGGAAGUUUACGAGAUAAUGCGUGGCGAUUAUGCAGGAGAUGGAGACCCUCCCCGGGCGGGUGAAAGUGCGAGCAUUUCUGAAGGAAACGCAGAAGAGGCUAAGGAGCCUCGUUUGCUGCGCGACACUGUCGGUGGGGCUACAGACAGCGGCAUAGAGGAGGGGUCAGUCCCCCUGCCUUCGACUUCUCUUUCGUCAUGUGGUGCUGGUGAAGAAGGAGAUGUAAUUGACAGAAACAACGCAACAACUUAA